AUGCCGCCGAAGCGCAAGAGAAACGAGCGGGGUCCUGGCGAUACUGGGCCCUCUAGGCCGUCGCCUCACCGACCUUCAGAUACAGCUCUGGGGCAGCAUGAGAGAAGCUUUGAUGGAAACCGCGGCGGCCGUGGUGGUAGGCCGCGGAGAGGCGAGCGUCGCGAUUCUUACCAGUCCAGCGCCGCGAAUUCAUCUUUUAGCGGCCCCGACCCCAGAUCACCGCCGCUCCCGAGACCCUCAAGCUCGUCCUCCUCGGCCGCACACCCAGCUUCCAUCGCAGCAACAAUACCAGCUCCUGCACCGGCAUUCGUGCCUGCGCCAGCUGCCCCCGCGACACCGCUGGUUCCCAUCCAGCCCUUUUACGACUACAGUAUUAUCACUGAAGACCGCGUCAACAGAUGGGCAAAGAGUGGCCGCCAAGAAAUCGUCGACCAUGGCGUACAAUCGCGAAAGGAUGAAGACCUUACCGAGGUCGUCAUGAUAUUUCAAGAGAUUAUCCACUCCGUCACCGAGGGCCGACUUCAAGGGUCUGAUGCAGGCAGCGUUGUCAAAGAGGUACUUGGGCCGGAGCUGUCAGAGGAGGAUCGCAAUGCAGGACUCUUCGAUGCUCACACCCUUUUCCUCGACACCGUCUCGACCUUCAUGGACGUUGAGUCGGGGCCACUCAGGCCGCAGCUGCGCGACUUCAUGAUUGCAACCGAAGUCUCUCCGACGCUCAUGCGGUUGGUAUUGGACCCGCCAAUCCUCCAACACCUCGACCUGAUCCGCGACACUUUUGUGAGGAUGGGUAUCCGUCAAUCGACGAACCUGCUCUACCGCCAAGCGAACUACAACCUAUUGCGGGAAGAGACCGAGGGGUUCUCGAAACUAGUCACAGAAUUGUUCACGACCAGCAGUUCUGAGCCGCCCAGUGCAGAGGUCGUGCAGGCCACGUUUAACAAGGUUAUGGGCCUUAUUGGGACCUUUGAUCUGCAUCCCGGACGGGUCCUCGACGUGACUUUCGAUGUCUACGCCGCCGUCCUCAUCAAGCAAUUCCGUUUCUUCAUCAAGUUCCUGCGUGUUAGCUCGUGGUGGCCCCGCUACCAGCUCCGACAGCCGGGCGAUACUUUCGUGGGGGGACUACCCAUAUGGGCUUUGCCAGACCAUCCGGGCUGGUACGCCACGGAUGAGGAGGAAACCAUGCUUGCCGAACAGCGGCUGAAGCGCGACAUUGCGUUUUGGGACAGGGCGCGCAAGAUCAAGCUUGACGCUUAUUUCGAGCUGGGAGGCAGACAACUGGCCGCAUCCGACGAAGAGCGCCUGGAAAAAGGGACAAGUGAAGACGGGCCGGAAGCCAGCUUUGAGCAGGACUGGAUUAGAUUAACAAAGACGUUACCACCCCCCGGCAACCGAGACGCUGCCCAGAUGUUGGGUUUCAAGCUGCGCUUCUACACGUCCGAAGCGAGAGACGUCGAAGACACGCUGCCGGCAAAUCUGCUCUAUCUCAUCGCCCUCCUCAUUAAAGUUGGCUUCAUCUCGCUGACCGACCUCUGGAAUCACAUAUGGCCUCAGGAUGAGGAGAUGGAGAACAUGAAGGCACAAAAAUUGAAAGAGCUGGAGGAGAAGGAGAAGGCGAGCCGACCGGGCGGGGAGAGGAAUGCUCUGAUGAUGGCUGGUGCCCUCCCAGACGAUAUGCCCCCGCCUCCGAAUACCUCGGGCCGCCGCGAUGCCACUAGCAAACCCGAGCCCAACAAGCCAGAGCCAGCGGAAGAGCAGCCGAAGUUGCCCGAGCCCCACGAUCAGAAGGUGCAUCUUCUCAAGUGUCUCCUCGCGAUUGGCGCCAUCCAGGAAUCCCUCUUCAUCAUCGGGCGACACGAAUGGAUCUUGGAAGCACACCCCGACAUUUUGCCCCUGUUUCACCGCAUUCUCCAUCACUCCAUUGAGCUCGUGUACCAGCAGAGCAAGCCGACGUCUUCGCGCCCGACGGAAUGUCCGCCCAAGAAUCAGCCCGACCCCGACCAGUCGGGUGUGCCUAAAGGGAGCGUGAAGCUCAGCACGCCCCCCGUCAAACGGGCUUUGAGAUGGCCGUAUCCAGACAAAGCUGAUGUCGGCGAUGGCGCGUCAUAUCGCUUUUACUGGGACGAGUGGGCCGACAACAUACCCGUUUGCCAAACCGUGGAUGACCUUUUCACCCUGUGCGACUCGCUGCUCAACGUCAUCGGCGUCAACAUUGGGCUGGAUGCUUCCUUGGUGGCCAAGCUCACCAGCAUUGGCCGCAAGAGCCUCGCCGAUGAUCAGUCCCCCGACAAUGUGGCGCGCUGGCUCGGUUUGCUCAAGCGCCUGCUGGUUCCGUCUCUGAGUCUGAGCGAGCCUAACUCAUCAAUUGUCGACAGCGUCUGGACCUUACUCAAGCAGUACCCGAUCAAGACUCGGUUCAUCGUCUACUCAGAGUGGUACGAAGGCGCGACUUCCCGGCUUGAACCGAUCCGGAAGGCCUUUGCUCGAACGAGGUUGGAGACGCUCAGCAAGAUGAAACGACUUUCGCAUAGCAACAUCAUCCAGAUGGCCAAGAGCCUUGCAAAGAUUGCCUACCCAUCUCCCGGCGUCGUUUGCAAGGUUGCGCUGCAGCAGAUCGAGUCAUAUAGCAACCUAAUUGAGGCUUUUGUCGAGUGUGCGAAAUACUUCACCGAUCUCGGCUACGACGUCCUCGUCUGGUCCGUGUUGAGCUCGCUUGGCGGCCAGCAGAGGAGCCGCACUCAGGCGACCUCCGUGUUGCUCACCAGCAAGUGGCUGCAAGCGCUCUCGCGAUUCUCAGGCAAAGUCUUCGAACGCUAUUCCAAUAUGGACCCGUCGCCUAUUCUCCGCUAUGUCCACAGCCAGUUGCUGAACGGCAACUCGACCGACCUCGUCAUCCUGGAAGAGCUAAUCGAAUCCAUGGGUGGCAUUGUCUCUGGCUUUGACUUCAACGAUGCGCAGCUGCGCGGCAUGACGGGUGGAGAACUGCUUCGUCGCGAAACUCUUGCCAGUCUGGGUGACAAGCGCGCAGCGUCGGUUCAGAGCGCCCAACGCCUUAUGGGGGCCCUGUCGCAGUCGAACCUGGCGGGUCAACUGCUCAUCAACAUCGCUCAGUAUCGGCAGAAUGCCAUUCACAAGAUCGGUGACGACAAUGCGCGCAUCAAGUAUCUUUCCACGAUCGUCGACGACGCCCACAACGUCCUCUUCCGGUAUCUCGAUCUACUGCGCAGCAACUUGGACCCGGACACUUUCGACAGCCUGAUCCCCGACGUUAUUCAGCUGAUGCGGGAUUACGGCCUUGAUCCUAACCUUGCCUUCAUGAUCCGGCGAGCCAGCAUACGCUGGGACACUAAGGCUUCCACCUCGGCUAAGGAUACCACGUCACAAGCGUUGAAGGCAACUGCCGACGCUGACGGCGAUGUCAGUAUGGAGGCCGCGACGGAGAAUGGCACCCCUGCCCAAGGUGAUGUCAACAACGGCACACAGGCCAGUAGUCAAGAAAUGAAGAAGGCGAGCAGUCGCUUGCCGGAGUCGCUUCCCGAUGCACUCGCACCACUGAUCGACCAAAUCCCUGACGUUCUGCCUCAGCAGUCGUGGCGGUAUCUCACACCGGCAUGUUACGUAUUUUUCUGGUCGCUACAGCUGGGGAACUUGGUCUGGCCCCAGGACAGCUACGAGGCUCAAAGCAAAGCGCUGCAGGCGCAGGCCGAAGAAGUCAAGAUAGACCGCUCAGAUACACCACGAUCCGCUGCAAACAAGAAGCGAAAACGGGAAGACAUCCUCAACCGGCAACAGCGCCUUGUUCAGGAAACUAAGGAGGGUAUUGAGCGCUUCUCCAAAACCAAACUGCACAUCGUCAGGCAGGUCAGCAGCUGGUUCCCGGCUGACAUCGCGAAGGCCGAUGCGACGGCCGAUGCCCUGCUGGAACAGUGCAUCCUGCCACGUCUACAGGUCUCGCCUGUCGAUGCGGAAUAUUGCUUCAGGUUGAGCAAGUUCCUGCACGAGUUCUCGACGCCGAAUUUCAAGCUCAUGUCGCUCUACGACCGGCUCUUCAACCACAAUCGCCUCCGGGCCCUCAUUUUCACAUGCACGGUCCGCGAGGCUGAGCAUUUGGCUCGUUUUCUCAAGUUCGUCCUUGGCGACCUCUCCAGGUGGCACGGCAACAAGGCUGCCUAUGAGAAGGAAGCUCUGGGGCUCAAGGAGCUUCAGGGUACCAAAACUAGGGAAUACCUCGGUUUUGCCACCACAGUUGAUGCCGACGGCAAGCCGACUGGUUUCGUCGAGCAUGAUGCGUUCAAAGACCUCCUGUUCCGUUGGCACAAGGAACUCAAUACCGCCUUGCGAUCAUGCCUCAAUGGUAUGGAGUGGAUGCAUAUCCGCAAUGCUAUUAGCAUCCUCAAGGGUGUCAUUGACUUCUUCCCUGCCAUCAACUUCAUGGCCGACAAGUUCCUGGAGCAGCUUAAGACUAUCACGGACCGGGAGUCUGCCUCAUCGAAUGCGCCGGAGUCUGCCCAAGGCCACCGCGUCGAUCUCUCCGUCACAGCACAGACCACCUACUCUGAGCUACAGCGGAGGAAGUCGAAAUGGGUUCUUGUCCAGGCAUUCAGGCCGGGCGUGAGCGACAGCAAGGACGAAAAAGGAUCCCCAGCACCAGCCGCCUCUUCCCUUCGGGGCUCAGCGGCACCGUUCAAGCCUAAUGGGGCGCCUUCGAAGCCUUCCGAGGUCGAGGAUGGAGAGGUCGACGAGAAUAGAGCUGGCCGUGCACCUAUGAGAACAAAUGGGCCAAAUCUCCCAAAACCACCUCCAGCCAGGGAACCCUCAAGGGAGCCCAACGCUCCGGCAGCUAGGGCGAGCCCUGCAAGCACCAGUGCCGGUAGACCAGCGACACCGAAACCGCUCCCAGCCCCGCAGACCGGCAGCCGACAGGAGCCACCCAAGUUUUCAACCCUCCCGCCUGGAGGGCUGGGACUCCCGAGCAGGCCAGACCUACCCUCCAGGCCCGAUCUUCCGAUGCCGAGAUUUCCCCAAGCGCGACAGGACAGGCGGGAUCUUCCUUCGCGGGAUGCUCGUGACUACCGUGACGGCCGGGACUCACGGGAGCAACACCAACGCGAUAAUCGCGAACUCCAAGGGCCUCGAGAGAGCAGAGAUUACCGGACGCCAGAAGCUUUGCGCUCAGAGCGCCCUCGCGACAUGCCAUCUGAUAGACGUGCUCCGGAUGCUGCGCAGCGCGAGCCCGGCCCACGGGAUACGAGCCGCGAUGCUAACCGCGAGCUUGGUCGACCCUCGGAUCGGGGACGAGCGGAGCCUCCGCCCCGGCGACACGAACAUGCGUCGCCCGCCGAUCGGGAUAGCCGCCCCGAUAGUCGUCCGCCGCCACGGGAGAGGGGAGCUCCGCAUGGUGCGGGUCGAUCGGAUUUGAGGCCUGCCAGGGAAACCCGUGCUACUCCCCCUCCGGUUCCUACUGCACCGAGUACCUCACAAGGACCCCCGAUCAAUCCAGAGCGCGCACGCAUCAUCGACGCUGGUGAACGGCCGGAGUUUCUUAACCCCGCCAGAGCUGCUCUGAUUAACGAAACACGAGAGCCUCCAGCCCGACCCUCGCCGAGAGAUCAACCGCGUGAGCGGCCUCCGCGGGCGGAAUCGCCAAGACGAUCUGACCGCCAGCCAGCGAACGCGCCGCAACCCGACAAUGCCCCCGACGAUCGCCAUGGCCGGCGUCGACACUCGCCCCAUCCCGGGACCCCGCGUGACGAACCUGCAGCGCCACCUCCACGACAUGAUCGAAACGCGGAACGCGAAGAAAAGAAGGCUGGGCCGAGAGACUCGUACGGCACUCAGUCCCGCCCAGGCCACGACCACGGUAGACUCAAUCAGCAAGAUCCUGAAUACGGUCGGCUGAGCGCCACUCAGUCAGUUAUCGACAUGCCGCCUGAUGCGCCGUCGGGCCCGCGAGGCCGUGGUGGGCGGAAUGCCGCUAGAACCGGCCCUCCGAUGCGUCCUGACAACAGGUUCCCACCGCUCGAGCCCAUCCGCCCGCCUACUCCUGAGCGUCACCCGCCAACAGGCCCUUCAGCAUCACGCUCACGCCGUGGUCCCUAUGACGGCGGGAACCUGAACUCGCCGACAUCAGCUGUUCCACCUGCGGUCGGUGUGCACCCAGACAGAAUACGUCAAAUCAACCAGGCACCUCCGCCGCAUCCACCUCCACCUCCGCCUCCACCUCCUCCCACAGGACCGGCGGGUAUUCAUCCGGAUCGUCUCAACCAGAUUGCCGCUCAGCCAUCGGGACCGGGACCCCACUCACGCCCGCCCAUGCACACGCCCGAUCGACUGCCCAUGUCGGCACCCAACUCGGGUUCACGGUCGACGCCAUCCGGGCCCAGGGCCGCUUUCUCGUCGACACCGACCGGCCCUGCUGCUGGCAACGACCGGAUGAGACCAGGUGGUAGACAGCUCCAGGGUAUCCAGAACAUGCUUGACAAAGCUUCUGCCGACAAUGCCCGGGGUCCUAGCCUGCGGAUAUCCCGAUCACGGCCCAACUUGGCGGGUUCAGACGCCCAGAUACUGGCGGGCGCCUCACCCGUGACGACACCGGUCCAGGAGCGACCGCCCGACUCUUUCCGGGACUCAUCCCGGCGCGACAUGAGCAAAGACCGUGUUCCGCGCGGACCCGAGCCGAUUCAAGUCGUCAGUGACAGCCGCGAUACCAGCGGCCGUGGGCCGCCUGCCAACGGCGACGACUAUGGCUCGAGCCGGACCGACCAUGACCGUAGCCGUCGUGACCACCAUCGGUCGGAGCGCAGCACCCGCGCGUCUGGGCGCACCAGCCGGGAGCGUACGCCCGAUCGUGACCGUGUUGAGUCCAAGGACUCGCGUGACCACCGAGACAGACGCCCGGGGGCGCCGUCAGGUGUGCCUGGCGGCAGCAACAGGGACGAACGGGACUCGCGCCGGUCAAUGCGGGAGUCUACAGGUGGCGGCCGGGAGCCGAUCCCUGGUGGACGAGACCUGCCGCCGCCACGCGAGUCGAGUUCUCAUCGCGGCCAUCGCGGUGAGGUUGGUCCAUCGGGGCCUAGGGGCGAUGGAGGACAGGGCGGCAGUGGCAGGGGUGAAGGGUCUCAUGGAGGCCGGAGUGAAGGUGGUGGAGGAGGCGGAGGAAGAGGGGAGGACUAUGGCCGGAGCGGGUCUUCAAGGGGUAAUGCGCCGCCGAGGGAUUCGAGGUCUUCGAGACCGGGCGAUGAGCGUGGGGGAGAUGACAGAGCAAGGAAGCGACGGAGCGAGGGCGUUGAUUCGGGCGGUGGCAGUCAUCAGGACAAGCGGCAGCGGCGUUAG